AUGGCAUCGGCUGCAUCCCCCCCUUCAAAGUCUUCUCUGGCUACGUGGUGGAAGCAGUUCAAGCAGCGACCGCACCUGAAGGACGACGAGCUGGACUAUCUGUCUGAUUCGGAAGGUGCUAGUGGUAGUGGAAGUGCCAGUGCUGAAGGAGGUGCGAGUGGUGGUAUAUAUGUCAGUGGCCGGCCGAAACUGCGACAUUUGUCGCAUUCCAGCAGUGCUAUUGGCACCAUUCGAUCUCCCAGUAAUCAGAGUGUAUCAGUAAACGGGUCUGGAGGAGGUGCUUCAGGUUACGGUAGUGCAAGUAGCGGUAUUGGUGGAGGCAGUGGGUACAAUAGUGCUGUGGGUACUAAUGCCAUGUCUCCAGAAACAUUCCAAGCCGAUAGCGGUGCCAGUGAUAAUGCUAUAUUCGGAGUUCCCUUAAAACAGUCUGUGGAUUAUGCAUGGGUACCGAUCAGUUUGACCGAUCCUGAGACUGGCGAGUCGUUUAAAUAUGGCCAUAUCCCGGUGAUUGUGGCUAAAUGUGGUCGGUAUUUAAAGAAAAAUGCUACUUCUGUAGAGGGAAUUUUCCGGUUGAGUGGUUCAGCACGAAGAAUUAAAGAACUACAGGUUAUAUUCAGUACGCCGACCAGGUAUGGAAAAGAUUUGGAUUGGACUGGGUUUAAUGUUCACGAUGCUGCUAAUGUACUAAGGAGGUAUCUGAAUAACCUACCAGAGCCAAUUGUGCCAUUACAAUUUUACGAGCAGUUUCGAGAUCCACUUCGUGAGUAUCCUAGAGUUGUCGAGUAUUUGACACAGCAGUCAGCAGCGACUUCAGCAGCUCUUGGAGCAGGUGCUUCGGGACUGUCGUCGUUACCUAGCUAUAGACGAGAACAGGCUCAAGCGCAAGCUUUUGCACAAGCACAAGCACAAGCCCAAGCGGCAGCGGGAAAUCAAGGAGGUGAUGAUACAUCGAAUCAUGGGCCAACAAUUCCUCUUUCAGCAUCAGUUCCUAGAUCUAUUACUCUAGGACUGUCAAAUGAAGAAUCAACUUCGAGGUCAAGAACCGGUUCGGGUUCAAGUAUAGGAGCUGGUACUACUGGUAGUAUCGGUACCGGACAAGCCACGGCAUCUUCUACUACUCUGAGUGCUUCACCAGGUCAAUCUCCAUUCCUACCAGCAAGAACAAGCUCAGCACAACAACAAUUACAAUCAACACAACAAAAUGGUCACACUAGCACCCAACCAUCACAAGCAUCACAAACAACACCCGAGAUAGGAAGCAUUCUCCACUCGGACAUUAAUGCCGCAGUAGAUAGAUACCAACACCUGAUUUCGAUCUUACCACCACUCAACCGCCAACUUUUGAUGUAUAUUCUAGACCUGCUAUCAGUAUUUGCAGCAAGGGCCGAAGAGAAUCUCAUGCCAGCAGCAAACCUGGCGGCCAUUUUCCAACCCAGCAUUCUAUCGCAUCCAAACCACGACAUGUCUCCACAAGAGUAUCAUUUAUCACGAUCUGCCAUUGAAUUUCUCGUUCAACAUAGCAACAAGUUUCUGACUCAUGUUGAGAACGAAGCCAUUAGACAGCAUCAACAGGAUAAACGAGACGGUAAAACUACCGACCUAGCAGAUCCACGAGCUGCAAGUUCAACAGCUGGUGCACCAGGGUCCACUGGUCUUGAACCUGUAAACAUCAACAGUGCCACAGAAAGUACCCCUGAAAGCACCACGACUAGUGGUAACGGGUCAGUCAGUCGAACUAGCGGAACCACCACUACCUUUGUAACGCCCAACCCAUAUUCUAAACAGACGUAUGAAAAUGGAAGUGGAGGUUCAAGUGGAGGUGGAUUGACUGUUCAUAGAAGACGACACAGCAAGAGUUUAAGCAGUGUGGGCUCGUCAGGACCACCUGUACCAAUUGUAGGAUCUAAUUAUCAUUCCAUUCAAAGAGUACCAGUAGCAUCGAUCAGCCAAGAACCAAAUACAACAACAGCUGCUGCUGGAGGAGCACCACCACCACUACAGUAUCAACGACAGCCAUCUGAUGAUUCAAACGGGUUUCUAACGACAAUUAAAAGAACCGUCAGCAUCACUCGACGACCAUCGCAACGGCGGUCUACAUCUGGUUCUUCGACAUCUUCUGCUGCUAGGCUGCGGUCCAGCAGUGGAGCAAAGCCAACACCUGGUACACUUGGAGGAUCAGUUGUAUCAACUCCUACGGCACAAAGUCCAGCUCCACAGGCUGUCAAUAUUCCCGAGAUCAUUACUACCAAUGCCAGUCAAGUGGAUAUAACGACGCCGAGUCCAGGAUUCGAAGCAGUAUCGCUUCAAAACACACCUGGGGCAUCACCACCACUCGAACCGACACGGUCUCCAGACAGUAAAAAGGGGUUAUCCAACUUAUUUUCGCGGAAAUCUAAGUCACCUAAUCGAGGACGGGCCAGUUCUGACGACUAUACGAGGCCUGAACCAAGUAACUUUUCGAAUCAAUCAAUUGAUCAAGCAAUGGCUAUGCUGUCAACGACUGGAACUACCGAUCUUGGUAGUGGUAGCAGCGGAGUUCCUGGUGGAAUGCACCAUAUUCAAUCUUCCUUGCCACCUCCACAACAGCCAUUUCUGCACCACAGCAACCAUUCGAACAGUUCGUUAGGCCAAUCUUCGACGACCAGUGGUGGUGGAGCUGGUGAUUCGGACUACGAUACAGGAAACCCACGACCACAAGACGACAGUGGGUCACCGAACCGCAAAACAAAGUCCCGAUGGCGUCGUUCGCUCAUGAUGUUCAAUAUGGCAGGAGUCGGCGACUCGUUCCAUGACCUGUCCAACACCAGCACCACCUCGAGCUACGGAGCUUCACACGUUCCCGACCUACAAACCGGCGACAACCUCUCACCAACCAACUCGGCCAUCCGGUCUCAAAGCCCUGGCCGCUGGUUCAAAAAGAAGGCUCUCAACCGAGGUCGUAGUUCCAGUCGCGACGGCAACCAUCCCGACCCGGACGCCCCCUCGGACACCGCUCCCCAGUAG